AAAAAAAAAAAAAAAAAAAAAAAAAAAAAGUGAAAAAGAGUUUGUGAUUGAAGGAAGUGGAAAUGGGUGUUCGGAACAAGGUGAGGCUUCCAAGUUCGGUCUCAGACUCCCAUGCUAAUGAUAAUCUGUGUAGGGCCGAUUCGCUUGUUUUCUGUGAUGCAAUUCCCUGCCCAUCGAAGCAGGUGGCUAUCACAAAGGUCUCAGCAAUGAACUUACGUUUAGGGAGAGCUGGUUCUGCUUGGUUUGAAAGGGCUGUGGAUAUUUUGGACACUCUUGGUAGUAGUGUGAUGAAUUUGAACAAUAAUAGUAGUUUCACUAUGAGGGUUUCAUUAAAAGAGAGUAAAAUUUCAAUUUUAGCUUUUGAGGUUGGAAACACUAUUAUAAAGGGUGCCAAGCUGAUGGAAUCAUUCUCGGAAGGUAACAUCAAAGAUUUGAAGACGAUUAGGCUUCGAUCAGAAGGGGUGAAAAUGUUAGUAGCAGAAGAUAUGGAUGAACUCCUUAGAAUUGCUAAAGUUGACAUGAGAGAGGAAUUGGAAAAAUUUUCCAGAGAAGUGGUGCGUCUUGGAAAUCAUUGUAAAGAUCCUCAGUGGCACAAUUUGGAUCGAUACUUCAAGAAGUUGUCCACGGAGCAUACUAAAAAUAUGCGCUUGAAUGCAGACUCAACCGUGCAACAACUAAUGACUCUGGUUAACCAUACAACUGAAUUAUUUAAGGCAUUGAAAGUGUUGGACAAAGUUGAACGAGAUAUUGUAGAAAAGUUUAAAGAGGAUAGCACAAAUGUGGCUCAAAAAGGAGAUAUAGCAAUCUUAAAAGAAGAGCAGCAGGCACAACGGAAGCAUGUAAUCAUUUUAAAGAAAAAAUCACUCUGGUCCAAGAGCUUUGAAGAGGUGAUCAAGAGCCUUGUGGACAUUGUGCAUUUCUUGCAUUUGAAGAUUCAUGAUGCCUUUGGCAGCGCAGAUUGUUAUACUUCAUCUGAAGGUUCACAGAGCAACAAUAAUAGAUUGGGGCCUGCUGGUAUUGCGUUGAAUUAUGCGCAUAUUAUAAGACAAAUCGAUACUCUUGUUUCCCUGUCAAGUUCCAUGCCUACAAAUUUAAGGGAUGAUUUGUAUCAUCGAUUGCCAGACUAUAUGAAAUCAGCUUUAUCAAAAAGAUUACGGUCCGUUCAAGCCAAGGAUAAGGAGAUCCCUCAAGUCAUUGCUAAAAUGGAGAAAACAUUGCAGUGGAUUGUUCCAAUUGCUCGUAAUACAACCAAUGAUCUUCAAGGAUUUGGUUGGGUCAGAGAAUGGGAAAAUAUAGGGUCUGAUCUGUACCAGAAACCUGCAGCUAGCCACACUGAUGUACUGAGGAUCGAGACGUUGUACCAUGCGGAUAAAGAGAAAACCGAAGCCUGCAUUUUUGAACUGCUGGUGUGGCUUCACCAUCUUAUCAGCCAAGCGAGGAACGACGAUGUGGUUUCAUCAUCUCAACCGCCAGAAUGUUUGUCCUCGAAGUUGACCUUUGAAGAUCAAGAGAUGCUCGAUGACGUUGGGAAGAAGAUAUCAACUCCUGGAUUUAGUAAGAGUCAGAAUUUUGACGCCUCAAAGUCAAAGGCCAAGUUACGCAAGCACCACAGAUUGACCAAGAGUAGUAGAGAUUCCCCAACAAGUGAAACCAACAACCGUUUUGCGAUCAGGUGGCCAUCUUACGGUCCUGUUAUUGACUUUGAUAUUGAUCGGAUCAAAGCUUUGGACGUCAUUGAUGGGUUAGGAAUGGCUUGAAGUUUAUAAUAGGUUUAAAUGCAAAUGUAAAGCAGUUAAGAAUAUGGUAGUAAGGAAAUUUCUACGGUAGGAACUGUCCUUUUUAACUGUUGAAACGUAUUAUUUCAGUUGUAAGAGCAACACCGUGCUGCACGCUUUAAAUUUUUAACACGGACACUUAUAGACCAGACCGUUGAAUAAUUAAUCUCACGGUUAAAAUAACCGGUAGUGAAAUGACAGUUCCUAUCGUCGAAAUUUCUGUCGGUACUUUUUUCCUGAUUUAUUUCAACUCUACUUUAGAAUGCAAUACUUCUGGUUGUGCUGUAAACCAUUAUGAGCCUAUGCCUCUUCACAGUUUCCUAUGUACAUAAAUACGUGAAA